ACAAGCUACCAAGGAAGAAAAAUAAUAAAGUGAGUAUGAACGAGAAAUCACCUGAAUAUGAGUACAGUAAAGUUCCCACAAAACCUUUGAUUGCCGAUAAUCCAGAGAAACCACCACCUUAUGGGUAUGGAGUUCGACACAUUCAGUUACUAAUAUUUUUCUUCUGUCUAUCGGUUAAUUUUAUUGCAAGAGGCCACAUGGGAGUAACAGUUGUUGCUAUGACUAGUCCUAGUGUUCAUAAAUUAGUUUUAGAUACAAAUAAUACUGAAAUUAAUUAUUCGGGUAAUAAUACAGAUCUCCAAAAUGGAGAGAAAAUGACAGAAAAUAAUAUUGACGAUGGAUAUGUAGGAAAUAUAAGCAAUGAUGAUGUUGCAGUUGUAGAUUAUACGAAUCAAUCUUACAGCACAUAUGACUGGCCAAAGUCAACUCAAGAAAUGGUUCUAGGCUCGUUCUUUCUUGGAUACGGCAUCAUGACCUUCCCCAUGGGGAUGGUAGUACAACGAUGGGGUGGCAAAAUACCGAUGCAAAUAGCUUUAUUUAUCAAUGGAAUAGUGUCUAUUUUGGCACCAUGGCUUAUCCACUGGGGAAGUUGGAAAGCCGUAUGUGCCUGCCGUAUUGCCCAAGGUCUGUCUCAAGCGGGAGUCUAUCCCAGCAUCCAGAACUUGUUGGCAAAAUGGGUUCCCGUAAGUGAACGAGGCUCUCUAACUAGCUACGUAUACACAGGUUCAACAAUUGGAACCGUAUUAGGAUUCCAGCUGUCUGGUGUUCUAAGUGAUACCAGGUGGGGCUGGCCGUCAGCGUUUUGGGCUGUUGGUCUUAUAUGCUUAGCCUUCUUCCUGAUCCUCACUGUUUUUGGUGCAGCAAGUCCUGCAAACCACAAAAGCAUUAGUGAUGAUGAAAAAAAUUACAUUUUGGGUCGCAUUGAUGAUGGUAAAGUGAGGAAACACAAAAUACCAUGGAAAGCGAUCAUGACUUCAAGGCCCAUGUGGGGCGCGCUAGCUUCACACGUUGGGGCUGGUACCACCUUUGUAUUCUACUUCACUCAAGUUCCUUCCUACAUUCAUUAUAUUCUUGGAAUCAACGUCAAAAGUAGCGGUCUCUUAUCAUCUUUACCGUAUUUAGUAAGUUUCUUCACAAGCAUUGCAUUUGGGACGAUAUCAGACAACUUGACAAACAGAAAAAUCGUGUCUGUGAAGAAUGCGCGAAGAAUUUUCAAUAGCAUCUCUCAAGUUGGAAUAGCAAUCUCACUAAUCUGUGCGUCGUACACUACAAGCACAGUGAUCGCAGUAUUAUGUCUCGUCUGCGCUAUGGGAUGCCACAUGGCGAUACACGUCGGUUGGAUGGUGAACCACAUCGACUUGGCUCCGAACUUCAGCGGCACGCUCAUGACGCUGGGCAACACACUCACAAACAUCGGCACUGUCCUGCUACCAGUACUUGUGUCACACGUCGUCACUGAUAUGAAAAAUCAAAUCCAAUGGCGCAUCAUGUUCUUCACGGUGGCUGCAGUAACUUUAACAACAAACGCUCUGUUUGUGUUACUGGUGUCAGCCGAUACACAACCAUGGAAUGAUUUGGAUCAGCACGAUACGGCUCUUGAAAAUGUGGAAACCGAACAGAAAACAGAAAAGCAAGAAAAAUAAUCUAAUAAUU